AUGAUGUGGAUACUGGCACAUGUCUUCCUCUAUUCACUGUUUUUAUCGAAAUGUGAUCCAUUGAGUGAAGAAAUGAAGGAAUAUCCGACAAAUAGGGAACCGAGGAUAUGGCCUUGGCCGUUCAUACUGCCUUUUUAUAGAAAAACUAUCAUACCGAGGGUGGCCUGCACUGGAAACAACCAGGAAGGGAUUUGCCUGAGCAAACUUCAGUGUGAGGCCAAUACAGGAACCCCAUCAGGCCGAUGUGCCAGCAAUAAAGGCGUCUGCUGUGUCUUUGUUAAAAGCUGUGGUGAUAGUACAAAAUCGCAAAUAACGUAUUUCACCAACCCAGAGUUUCCUUCUCCAAAGACUGGAGGAGCAAUGUGUCAACUUACGAUACAUAAAGCCAAAGAUAAUAUUUGUCAGCUCAGAAUGAAAUUCCUCCAGUUAAACUUGGCACAGCCAAACAAUGCUGGGGAGUGCAACGAUGACUUUCUGUCCCUUGGAUCUCACACGACACCAAUAAUCUGCGGGAAUAAUAAUGACAAAACAGUUUAUGUCGAUUUUGACCCAAACUGCGCCUUUCAUCAAGUCACUGUUGACACGACAAGCAGCCUGAAUGAUCAACGAUUUUGGAAUAUUGAAAUAACUCAAAUCUCAUGUGACAGUGUUGAACUAGCUCCCAGUGGAUGUCUGAUGUAUUUCACCUCUACUUCUGGCUCCGUGUCCAGUUUCAACUUUGACGGGAGUGCUACGAUGUUUAUAUUAGUUUUUAAAGAUCCAACAAAUCACCAGUUGAACAACUUGAACUACGGCGUCUGUGUCAAACCAACAAUCGGCUACUGUGAAAUCGAGUGGUCUGCGUCGUCAGACAGCAUUUAUUCCUUUACGAUAUCUGGAGAUACGACGGCCGGUCUACCAGGUGUUGCUCUAAUGGGUACCGACUGUACGAAUAAUUUUGUCAUCAUCCCCUCGCCAAUUAGGGAAGGGAUGGACCUUGUAGAAGACAGGUUCUGCGGAAACUCAUUCAACACUGUGAGAACAAAAUCACAGCCGUAUGUGCUUACAGUAAGAACCGCCAUCAGCGAGGAUGAAGAUAUAGGAAAUAGGGGAUUUAAUUUGAAUUUUAGACAAAUUUUAUGCUCAUCGUAAUAUUUUCUAAAUAAAUCUA